CUCCUUCUGCUUGUACUGAGGUUACUGAACCAAACAUCUGAUGAAAACUGUUUGUGUUCUGUAAUCUACGUCUUCAUCCAUCUGUUGGAUGACUCUCUGCAAUCAGACAUGUCCCUUGAAGUCAGAUGCAGUGUCUAUCAGGUGUUGGUGUCUCUCCUUGAUAACGCUCAAACUCUGGAUCUGAGAUUCAAUCUCCUGGCGCUUCUCAAGAACAUCCUGAAGCACACAGAUAAAGACUCUGUGAAGCUGUUGAUGGCACCAACCCCUGACAACAGGUACUUGGUGAUGGGACUCAAGAAGAUGCUGAUAACUAAGCAGGAGAUGCUACAGACAGCCUCUGCACACUGCGUGAAGGCUCUCAUGUCCUACUCCCAAGAUGAAAGUACAGUCACGCAGAUUCUGGAGAGUGAUCUAGCCGAAUUUCUCUUUGAGUCUUUGCAUACACAAAGUGGUCCUCAACUGGAUUCUGUAUUCCAGUGCCUUCAGAUGCUGACAGACUAUGAACAGUUCUUCACACGCUGCCAUGCUGUCUAUGGUGUUGAGUCAAUUCUGCGUUCCCUGUGUGUUGUGAUGGAUGUGAAAAACUAUGGACUCAUAGAGAAGGGUUUCUGUCUACUGGCUAACAUACUGCACCGGCAGCCACCAGGGAUCCCCCUGUUUGUGAAUGCGGCAUCAGUGAGACAGUGUGUACACCUGGUGAGGCAGGGUCUCACUCUGUCUCACCCAGCUGUGUUCCUCCAGGCUCUGAUAGCUGCUGGGCCACUUGUCAGCAAGCAGUACCUGUCGUGGGUGUAUCGAUGUGAGGUUGUAGAGGACCUGCUGAAGGUGGCUUGCUGUCAGAUGACUAACCUCAACACCUCUCUGUGUCAUGGCGGACAGAGACUGAUGGUCCAGGGGACAGACCAGCAGUACCCUCUUCUUGCUUUCACAGAUCUCCUCACUGUAUGCUGUAGAGUGUGUGCUGACAGUGUACUCAAGUCCUCCAGUGAAAUGGGAGAUAAGCAGUGGCUGAAUGUUGAGGGCGCUCUCUCACUCCUGUUGUCAGCUGCAGAGAGACAUCUAGUGCCAUACAUACAGACAGUGUUUGAGUCUGAAGAAUGCCCUCCUGGCCUGAAGACUGUCCUGGCCUGUAUGAAUGAGCUGUAUUCCCAGACAGGGAGUGACAUGUCCAAAAUGUCUCUCAUGUUCACACGGUCGGGAGUCAUCAUUCAAGCUCAUGUUGUAAAAUCUAGGGCUACUGAGGAUGUGUGUGAAAGCAUAGACAAGUUGCUGGAGAAUGUGUACAGAGACCUACUGGAGAAGAUCAUCCCUCUGAACCCUGCCCCUCCCAGCUGGCUAGUAUCUGGUGUCGCCUCAAUCAAAUUGCAGUCUGGAGAUCCAUGCCACAUGCUGCAUGCAGUAGAACAGAGUGGGGACACAGCAUGGACAGUGCUGCUGAUGCUGUACUUCUCAUAUCUUUACAGUAACAGCUGGGUGGAGUGCUGUGAUCUCCAGUCUCUGCUGCAAUGUUUCCUGGCCAACAACAAAGACCUGGCAGGAUUACCUCCCCUUGUUGUCAGAUGUCUUGCUUUCCUUGUGGCAUGCUCAUCAGGAGAUGCAGUUGUCGAAGUUGUUAUAGUGACAUAG